CCGUCCAUUCCUCCAAAGACCCAACGGGUUCCUGCCGCUACUUGUACAUACCCAGGGCCAGCACAGCACGAUUCAUCGUCGUUUCAGACACGACGACAGCCAACGGAGCAAUCCCACUCAUCUUCUCCCGAAGUCUACAUUGCAUGUAUACCCGACUACUGGUUUGCAUGGUUAUCCACGACGACAACUCUCAGUAUUAAAAGAAGCUCCACCGACAAACUAUGGCCGAGGGCGAAAUCGCGCCAUCCUUUGGCACCGUGCUCAAGGAUGGCUUUAAACCGGCCAAUGUCUAUGUGGCCAACAACAUUGCCUUCUUUGACGAUGUGCAGGCUUUCUACCGUGAAAGGAGCGCCGCCGAGAAGCGAUAUAGCGCCGAGCUGAGCGCAAUAGCAAAGAAGUACUAUGACAAGAAAGCCAAAAAGUCAACGAGCCUGAGUGUCGGCGACACCCCCACAAUGACCCCUGGGUCCCUUGAGAGCGCCUCGAUGACUACAUGGUCUACCAUUCUAACCAAGCUUGAACUGGUCGCCAGCGAACACGAUCGACUCGCGAACGAGUUUGUCACCAAGAUUGCGGAACCGAUCAAAGAAGUGGCCAUUAAACUGGACGCGCAACGCAAACGCCAAGUCGAAUAUGCUGAAAAGCUAGAAAAAGAAAAAGAAGCUCAGUAUGCCGCACUGCAGAAAGUCAAGACCAAGUACGACUCGGUAUGCCAGGAUGUUGAGAGCAAACGCAAAAAGUCAGAGUCGGCAUUUGACAAGGCAAAGGCGCAGAGUUCGUUUCAACACCAGCUACAAGAGAUGAACAACAUGAAGAACACCUACCUGAUCGCCAUCAACGUUACCAACAAGCAAAAGGAGAAGCACUACCACGAAUUCCUUCCCGAAGUCAUGGACAACCUGCAAGAUCUUGCCGAGUUCCGCACAAUGAAGUUGAACGGGUUUUGGUCCGAAGCCACUCAGCUUGAGUUUUCCAUGCUUCAGAACUGCAGUGGUGAGGUUGACCACAUGGCCAAGGAGAUUGUGCGGAAUGAACCUCAGCUAGAUUCGAUGAUGUACAUGCAGCACAAUACCGGUGCCUUCCAGGAGCCUCCCGACAAGGUGUUUGAGCCAAGCCCAGUAUGGCACGAUGAUGAUUCCAUGGUUACGGACGAGCCAGCCAAAAUCUAUUUGCGCAAUGUGCUGAAUAAGUCAAAGGGCCAACUCGGAGAAUUGCGACGUGAGGUAGAUAAGAAGAGGCGAGAGGUGGAAGCAACCAAGCGAGCGAAACAGAGGGUGCUUGAAGGGACAGAGCAAACACAGGAUGAGUUCUUGGUUCUCACGCAGCUCUUCUUGCAGCAAGAGGACCUGCAUCAGGUCGACCGGAAGCGGUUGACAGCAGAGGUCGAGACGUCCACCAUUACUUCAGCCGUUGGUGACGUGACACUGGGUGCCAAGAGCCACAAUUUCAAGUCGCAAACCUUCAAGAUUCCCACUAACUGCGAUCUGUGCGGGGAGAGAAUAUGGGGCUUGUCAGCCAAGGGCUUCGAUUGCCGGGACUGCGGGUAUACUUGCCAUAGCAAAUGCGAGAUGAAGGUACCGGCCGAGUGUCCAGGGGAGCUGAACAAGGAGGAGCGUAAAAAGUAUAAGCAGGAACGACAAGAGCUGGCCAACACGCUGCUUAAGCCUUCCACAUCGUCGAGCCAUGUUAACGAGAUGCCUGAUCUCACUCGGUCAAACACAGUCAGCUCGGUGCGUUCUGGGUAUGCGGCCAGCGCUCAACGAUCGAUUUCCGGGCCCAUUUCGCCUGACGACGAUGCGCCUCCAGAUGUCCCUAACACAAGGCCACCGGCAGCCUCACCAACACCGUCUAGCGCACCCCGGAAGAAUCGUAUCCUGGCCCCGCCACCCCCGGCAUUCAUGAGCGAAGUGCCAGGAAGCGCCUCUAAUGGCGGGGGGCACCAGGAACAGAAGGCGAAGAUGCUAUACACCUUUGAAGCUGGAGGUGAAGGCGAACUCUCAGUGCCCGAGGGAAGAGAACUGGUGGUCUUGGAACCAGAUACGGGAAGCGGGUGGACAAGGGUGCGGGCUGGCUACAAGGAAGGCAAUGUACCGACAUCAUACGUCGAGAUACUACCACCAACUACUCCUACGGCUCUCGUACCACAGCACACGGGCCAAUCGGGCCGGCCACCAUCGACUUACUCCAACAGCGGCUCAUCCAUUGCGGCAUCAACGAAGAAGAAGGGGCCUGCAGUGGCGCCAAGACGGGGAGCCAAAAAGCUUCAGUAUGUUGAGGCGCUGUACGAUUACCAAGCUGGUAGCGACACGGAGCACAGCAUGACUGUGGGCGAGAGAUUCGUUCUGAUUAAGGAGGACCAAGGAGAUGGGUGGGCAGAGGUCGAAAAAGGAGGAGUGACAAAGAGUGUCCCGGCGAACUACGUCCAGACUGUAUAGUAUACCUGUCGAUGCGCUUUUCAUGGCUCAAGACAGGUUCGUUUUGAUCCCGGACAGAGCUUGACAAUGCGAUGCGAUAGCUCCCCCGCCUGGAUCUGAAGAUUGGAUUUGAUCAUCACCCCAUGAAAACGGGGGAAAAGCUUAAAUUAAUUCCUCAGGGACCUGCGAAGAUCUCACGGACUCUUAUUUGUAUGUCAGUCUUCAACUGCAACGUCGGUUCAGGAGUGUUGUUGAUCGGUAGUCAGCUUAGUUUGCUUCCCCCUUUCUCCCGCUCCCUUCUCAUUACCCCUUUUUAGUUGUUUGGGGUACCCUGCCAAGAUCACGAGUUUCUGAAACGGUAUGACGUAGUUGGUGCAUGGGCCAAUAAAUUUCUAUCCGGUCUUCUUCCGUCGACAAGCCAUUCACUUCCAUCCAGAAAGCUUCAAGCUUGUCCAUAAUUGUCGUGAGUUCAAGCUUUCUUUGCCA